AGCCUGGUGGUGAACGCUUUCUUAUGGACUACCUUGGCACUAACGAUAGUCAUUCUGAGAUUGUAUACGAGAGCAAUACUUGUCAGAGCACUAGGAUGGGACGACUGCCUGAUGGCAGCAGCCAUGGUAAGCAGACAGAUGAAUUCCCUGUGUUAUCGCGGCUGGAGAGAAAAGGGCAAUAAAAAGAAACCGGAAGAAAGAAAAAAAAAAAAAAAGAUUUGUAUGGCUGAUGGCGUGCAGGCACUCUACGCAACAGUCCCGUUCUACUGCACCACCCAGACGCUCUACAAGCUCUCCCUGACCAUGCAGGUAAGCAGGCUUCUGACUUCGAUGCUGGGCAAGAGGGCCAUUCUGGUCGCCAUGCUCUGGAUCGGCGCCUGCGGCCUCAUGACCCUCUGCGGGUCCCUGUUCUACUGCUUCCCCGUCUCCAAGGCCUGGGACUACACCGAACCAGGCUGGUGUGUCGACCGCGGCGCCCUCUUCUUCGUCAUGAGCGGCGUCAACAUUUUCAACGACAUCGUGCUGCUCGUCAGCCCGCUGCCCUCGCUCCUCAGGGCCAAUCUUCCCCAGAAGCAGCAGCUCAUUCUGAUCUGCGUGUUCCUCUGCGGUAUCUUUACCACGGCUGUGUCCUGCGUUAGGCUCAAUGCUAUGCGCGUGGUUGCCAUCUCGCCGAUCAUCGAGCAGCCAGUGAUGGCCAUCCCAAUCAACCUCUGGUCCCUCAUCGAGAUCAAUGUCGCCAUCAUCUGCGGCUCCAUCCCCUCGAUCAAGGUGUUCGUGUCCCGCGUGGUCCUCCGC